GCAUUCACACCCAGCCUCGAGCCAGUCCCCUCAAGGCAGAGAGAGAGAGACGCAGAGAGAGACACAGAGAGAGAGACACAGAGAGACUGAGAGAGACACAGAGAGACACAGAGAGACACAGAGAGAGAGAGAGACACAGAGAGACUGAGAGAGACACAGAGAGACUGAGAGAGACACAGAGAGAGACACAGAGGGAGAGCCUGAGGAACAGAGAGCCUGAGGAACAGAGAGCCUGAGGAACCGAGAGGAGAACGUCGGGAGCAGAGAGGAGAACGUGGACGUGGGGAACGUGGGGAGCAGCAGCUCCGAGCAGAGAUCGCCAGCGGGGGAGCGUUCAUCCCGGGACGUCCCGGGCCGAGGUAGAGUCCCCAGGUCGGCUGCACACAGAGCGGACAGGGCUGACCCACAGGUGUCGGAGGGGAAGACCAUGUCUGGCGUCUAGUCCACUAGUGCGUUCUCCGGGGGGAUCCGAGCGCUCACACCACCAGGCAGCUCCCGGCGGUUCUGUCCGGUCCGUCCUGAGGCAGCCGGCAGACGGACGGGAUUCAACCUCCUCCACGAGGACCCUCCAUCAGCACCCAGGCCAGCGAGGCUCCAGCAUGGACCAGCCGGCCAGCAGCUGCAUGCGUAGCGCCCACCCGGGCGGCUCCAUCUGGGGCUGCAUGAGGAACCCCCACACGGGGGUCCCGGGCGGCGGGGGGCUGCAGUCGCCAUACCAGCAGAACCCCUUCUCCCUGCACCAGAAGCCCGAGUCCUUCCUGGCCUACACGGACUUCCCCAGCUCCUGCCUGGUGCCGCCGGCGCCGCAGCACGCCGUCUACCCCCGCGACGACCGGCUGUACCCGGACCCGGCCGCCGCCGUCGCCGUGCCGACGGGGGGCUACCAGCGCGCCGGCGACGGCGGCUGGCAGUUCAACCCGUGCGAGACGACGCACAGGCCGCCGGCGAGGGGGCCGGACACCUGCCAGCCCCCGCCGCCGCCGCCGCCGCCCGUCGCCACGGCGACCGACGGCGCCGGGGGAGGGGGGGCGGCGGGCGGCGAGAUGGACCCCGCUGGGUGCAUGGAGGGGGAGUACUCCCCCCAGAGCGCGGCCUCGGGAGACUCGGACAAGAAGGGCGGCAAGAGGAAGAGAGACGUCACGGGUGAGUGUUGUUGAACCAGUAGGACCAGUGGGGACCAGUAGAACCAGGGACCAGUUGUUGAUGGAACCAGUAGAACCAGUAGGAACAGUAAAACCAGUGACCAGUUGUUGAUGGAACCAGUAGAACCAAUUGGAAUAGUAAAACCAGUGACCAGUUAUUGGUGGAACCAAAACCAAUAGAACCAGUAGAACCAGCUGUUUAUGGAACCAGUAAAACCAAUAGAACCAGUAGAACCAAUUGUUGAUUGAACCAGUAGAACCAGUAGAAACAGGGCUCAGCGGUGUACGAUGAAGUGAUGAUGACGAUGUUGGGGAUGACGAUGAAGGUGGGAGGAAAUAGAGGUGGAGGGUUUGCGUGAAGACAAAAGAUGAAUCCACGAGUACCACAAGGUGGGAACAGAACCUGGGAGACUUCUUUACUUCAUUCAGUUCAUUGUUCACUUGCAUUUAUUUGCAAGUAAAAUGUCCCAUAAGAGUAAAGCAUAGACACACGUUUAGACCGUUCUGCACGACGCAGCACGACAAGGACCAUCAGCCGGAGGUUACGGCUUGGUCAAACGUUUCCGAAGCUUUCCUAAGCCACUUAAAGCCUGGUUAAAGCCUGCUUGAAGCCUGGUUGAAGCCUGGUUUAGGCCUGGUCGAAGCCUGGUUGAAGCCUGGUUUAGGCCGCAGUGUGUGUGUCCGAGCCGGGAAAUGAUUGUGUCUCCGACACCACAUAACUAUGUGAAAGGUGAAGUCCCAUUUGUGUUGAAACACACACUUAAAGCAGCGGGCGCAUCCUCUUAUUGUUCAGGGAAGCCAUUUUUCAGAAGUCCAGUUGAUUGAU